GCAUUUAUAUUUUUUGUCAUUGAAGCAUGAUAAUUCAAAUCCUGGUAAGGGCAUUUGUGGGUUUCCUGAGUUAUGAAUGUUCUCUAUGUAUUUAAAUAUUUCUCUAUAUCUAUCUAUUAUGUAUUAUAUCGUUGUCUAGUGCCCACAAACAGACGACCUUUUUGAACUUUCUGUGUGGCAAGGUCGAUUUGUGUAAGAUUUAUUUAUUUAUUCGUAAACAAAAUUCCCCUUGAUAAGUCCUUAUACUUCAGUCUUAACAAAAGACUUUACAAACAGAUAACAACUUGAGUCUCGUUGGGCUUCAUUAUAAGAGUCUGAACCGAGUUGAGUCUUAAAGCAGGACUCGAUUCUUAACCAACACUAAACUAGACAGCCUAGGUAACUCUUAAAACCUAACGCCGGCAAAAUGCUGUAUCGGUAACAUCGAACGCUUAAAUUAAAUAAACAAUACUAGCAAGGAACGCACCCAAUUUGUUUGAGCACAUCGAUUUGCCCAUCAAAACUGCAAUGUAUUCACUUAAGUUUGUAUUGAAAAUCCCUUCGAAUAAUAUUUAAAUCAAUCACUCACAAUUACAAAGAAAAAAUGACCUAAACUGUAACAACUUAAAGUUAAAAAUCGAUUAAAACAGAUUAUCAAUACGCCGUUAUAGCACAGAUUGUCAUGUUUGAAUUUCGAACGCAGCCGUAUUCGAAUACCGGUUUCAUCUCGCUUCGCGCAACGAUUUUUUUGGUAUCGAAAGAGACGUCUGGCUUCUCGCAGUUAUGGAUUCGAUUUGGACGCGCGGCGGUGAGCGUCCUGAUUGGUUGACACGCAGCGUGGGCGGGGUUAACGUCUGGUCUUGGCCCCUUCAGUUUCAAAAUCCGAACAGUGCCGCGCUCCUAACAGCUGAAUGCGUAUUGUAUCGCGCGACGUUGCCAGUUCUGCAGGUAAAUUUAAAUUUACGAAUUUGUGAAGUUUACUUUUGCGUGGCAUAUGAAAGUAUGACUUGGACCCAAGACAAUAUGGCCGACUCGACCGCAUCUCCGCCAGGCCUGAACCUUGUUAUUUGAGACAUAGAGUCCAAACUCCAACAGCCCAAGCAAGAAGCGAUGCUGAAGGACAGAGACUCGGUGGGGUCGCCGGGGGUGCCCGACGAAUGCGCGGGGUGCGGGGGGCGGAUACAGGACAGGUACUACCUGGUGGCGGUAGACCGUCAAUGGCACGGCUCCUGCCUCCGCUGCUGCGAGUGCCGGCUGCCGCUCGACUCGGAGUUAACUUGCUUUUCCCGGGACGGCAACAUCUAUUGCAAGGAGGACUAUUAUAGAAUGUUCUGCGUGAAGCGAUGCGCGCGCUGCGGCGCCGGCAUCACGGCCAACGAGCUGGUCAUGCGGGCAAGGGACGCAGUUUACCACCUGACGUGUUUCUCUUGUGCGGCCUGCGGGAGUCUGCUGUCUAAAGGGGACGUGUUCGGGAUGAGAGACAACCUGGUCUACUGCCGGCCGCAUUACGAGCAGGAAUAUGAUGAUGACAGCGUCUAUAGGUGCCAAGAAAUGGACAGUGAAGGCUCGCCCUCCCAGUUCUACGGCGGCCCGAGCCAAAAGGGGAGACCUAGGAAGAGAAAGCUCGCCCAGUCGCCUGACGACAUGCAAGUUCAGACCAUGAGGAUGGCCAGUACGGCGCUAGAAAUCCUCCACCGCGGCGACCUCUCCUCCUCCAUGGAAUCCCUGGCCUACGACUCCGGCGCAGCCUCCCCCGGCUCGGUGAGCAGCACGCGCACCAAGCGCAUGCGCACCAGCUUCAAGCACCACCAGCUGCGCACCAUGAAGUCCUACUUCGCGGUCAACCAGAAUCCUGACGCGAAGGACUUGAAGCAAUUGGCGCAGAAGACGGGGCUGUCCAAGAGGGUGUUGCAGGUAUAAUUGUACAUUUACAGACAUACUGAGAGCGAGAGGUAUAAGAGUGAGGCAGACACCAGCUUCAAGCACUACCAGCUGCGCACCAUGAAGUCCUACUUCGCGGUCAACCAGAAUCCUGACGCGAAGGACUUGAAGCAAUUGGCGCAGAAGACGGGGCUGUCCAAGAGGGUGUUGCAGGUAUAAUUGUACAUUUACAGACAUACUGAGAGCGAGAGGUAUAAGAGUGAGGCAGACACCAGCUUCAAGCACUACCAGCUGCGCACCAUGAAGUCCUACUUCGCGGUCAACCAGAAUCCUGACGCGAAGGACUUGAAGCAAUUGGCGCAGAAGACGGGGCUGUCCAAGAGGGUGUUGCAGGUAUAAUUGUACAUUUACAGACAUACUGAGAGCGAGAGGUAUAAGAGUGAGGCAGACACCAGCUUCAAGCACUACCAGCUGCGCACCAUGAAGUCCUACUUCGCGGUCAACCAGAAUCCUGACGCGAAGGACUUGAAGCAAUUGGCGCAGAAGACGGGGCUGUCCAAGAGGGUGUUGCAGGUAUAAUUGUACAUUUACAGACAUACUGAGAGCGAGAGGUAUAAGAGUGAGGCAGACACCAGCUUCAAGCACUACCAGCUGCGCACCAUGAAGUCCUACUUCGCGGUCAACCAGAAUCCUGACGCGAAGGACUUGAAGCAAUUGGCGCAGAAGACGGGGCUGUCCAAGAGGGUGUUGCAGGUCUGGUUCCAGAACGCCCGCGCCAAAUGGCGUCGCAACAUAAUGCGGCAAGAAACCAACCCCACCCCCCACUCCAUCCAACCCCCCACACUCAUGCUGGAGCUGCAGACCCUGGACGAGAACGCCCACCAUCCUGUGCCCUUCACCGACAUGUACUAACAAAGGAAGGUGGGCAAAGAUACAUUUUGGGGCAACGUUGAAUGUGUGUUUAGUUUAUCGGAAUGCCCAUUGUGGGCAAUGACAAUUAUUUUAAGGCAAAGUCAUAAGCGUGUCUGUCUGACUGUGAAUGUCUGUGAGUGAAAUGAACUUUUAUUUAUUAUAUCACAAUUUUCUUGCUUAAAAGCUGUAAUGAUGAAAGUUUUUAAAACAAAACAUUUUCUACAGACAAUCGUAUUCUGGAUUUUUUUACCCAAAUGUUUGUUCAGUUCAGUCGAAGUUUUGAUUAAAUUUAUUAAUAGUACUGGAAUUGGGAAUCUUACUCUCUCAGUACCGGGAGCAUUUCCCAGUUAUUAGUAAUGUGAAGGAUCCCCAGUAGUUCCAAAGCCCAUUUACCUAUUCGCUCGCAACCCAUAGUUUGGGAAAUGCUGCAUUGAACUAUUCGUUUUUAUGAUGUCGUUUUAAUGAUAGCUACCUAUAACAAUAAAAUCAAAAAGUUCAAAUGUAACUAUGAUAAUAACAUUCCAAAUAAAUAACCAACUAAAAUAUUUAUCAGUUUGAAUGUUGGAAAAAUUGUUAACCAAAAUCCAGUGCUUUCAGAACAGUUUUGUUACAUAAAAGACUACUCACGUAAAUCAUUGUACGAGUCAUGUUUUUAUAUGUAUAUUUAAUAUAAGUAUUAUUUUUUCUACC